ACGCACGCUCAUACGCAUAUAGACAAACACACACACCGCCACCAUGCUGCAGCAGAUCCUUGCAGACAUGUAUAUCGACCCAGAUGUCCUGGAAGCACUGAACGAAGAACAGAAAAAGAUUCUGUUCCUGAAGAUGAGACAGGAACAAGUCAGGCGCUGGAAGGAGAGAGAGGAAAAAGAAAGACUGGAGGGCAAGACAGAUCCAAAGCCCAAACCAAAGAAAGCUAAUUGUAAGAAAGUGAGCUGGCUGUUGGGGAGAGAUGGAGAUGUCCAUGUCUGUGUGAUCGGAGAAACAGAUGAGUUCAAAUCAUCCAAACUCAUCCUCUCUGAACUAAGGGAGAAGAAUGGAACCAACAUCAGUAACACCAACAGAACCCAAACACAACCUCUAAAGGGCACUCUGGCUAACACAACUCACCAGGCUACAGAGAACCAGCCACCAAACACACAACCAGGCAUACAGCUACUCCUCAAAAAGCCAGAAGAGGAGAGUGAAACGACUCUAUGUACCGAGGACGGCCUUGGAGACCAAAAGCAAGUCACAGACUCUAACUCAAAGGACGACCUUAAACACCCAAAGCAAAACUUGGAUUCAGGGAGUACAGAGGAAGAACUGAAAAACCAAGAUAGCUACAGUCCAGACGACUCUGAAACAAACAUGAACAGUGAAGCGGUUUACAAACCACACUUCAGGAGUCGAGAUUCAUCAUUGCUUACCGAUAAGCUCAAUCAGCUUAACUUGCACAGGAAUGCCAAACAGCAGCUGUCCAUCAAACGUGCACCUCAUCCUCAGGAGAAGACUGACAAAGGGGUGGCAAAUGAGAAAGUAAUCAACUCCCAGUAUGGUGGUCGGGUAGCGCAGCUUAUGAAAAACUUCAACAGACCCAGCACCAAAACGGUCUCUCCAUGUGCCAAACCACCAAUACCCAGCAAGCCUGCUCACCUCAAGACUACAGUCUCCGGAUAAAACACCCAUCCUUGGCCUCGGCACACGCACAAAUUCGGCUUCUACCAAGAUGCAACACACACGUUCACCGCAACCGAGCUAUGGACUCAUU